AUGAGACGGAAACAAAAAAAAAAUACACAACCGAAAAAAGAAACAUGGAAGAAUGGCGGAGUGGAAAAAGUGUGUAUAUCGAAAUGCGAUCGGAAUGUGAAUGUGAAUGAAGACGACGAAGAAAAAGGAAAGAAGAUCAGGGCGAUGACGACGAUGGAAGAAGGGAGAUGUCGAAAACCGUCUAAUCUGCGCCCACAAUCGAAUCUUUUACGAGAAGAAGAAGUGAAGAAAAGGAAGAAUAAGAAGGCGCCGAUGUUGGAGAGCGGAUGUGUGUUCGGCCACUGGGAUUUGCCACGUGCCACUCUUGAUUUUCCUAAAAAGACAAGUCAGGAGGACGACGACCAUAACAAGAAGGUCAGCGAUUGCAAUCAGAAGAGAGGAAGAGAGAGUGACGGUCAAGAGAGACACAGAAAGAUUGAAGACACUUUUAGAGAGGGAGAGAAGACGACGGUCCUCCUCCAUUCUCGUAUGUAG